AUGGUCGGAUCAACGUCUUCAAACAAGCGACAGAAAGUGGACCACAAUGGAGGAGCCAAUCUUCGCAUGUGCCACCACUGUGGAAAGAGUUUCAAGCGGACAGAGCAUCUAGAGCGUCACGUACGAACACAUACCAAGGAGAAGCCCUUUUUGUGCUACUGUGGUGCAUCCUUUGCGCGACGCGAUCUACUCACGCGUCAUCAGAGGAUAGCUGAGCAUCAAGGUGAUGCUCCAUCGCCAGGGUCGGUACCAGGACCAGGACCUGGACCUGGGGCGUUGACGCAGUCAAGACAAAAUAGUAUUUCCAGUCACAAUGUCGACCCAUGUUUCUGCGCCAGGCCUCAACAGGCGAUGCAAGUUCCUGUUGCUGUUGCUGUUCCUGCUCCUGUUCCCCUGACAGUCCAAGAGCAGACUCAACGUCCACCAAACAUAGACGCCGGGCAAUUCGUUCCCAACUUUUUCUCCCCCCAGAUGCUUGACGGUGGCGUUGACUUUGAUACACACUUUCGCGAAUUCACCAGCUUCCUUGAUGGUGUUGGCCUAUCUGCCGAAUGGAGUCCAUUCUUUAGUGAUCGCGACAGACAUCAAGACCCUGUCGACCCUGAAUUACGACAUGAAGAAAAUGGGACCACCUCUCCUCAGCAGGGAGCACCAACACGAGCUGGAACGCCUUUCAGUUCGUGGUUACCUUCUGUUACUGGAAACAGGAUCAACAACUAUGUCUCUGACACGGACAAUCCUCGCGCUGUUGAUCCUGAGUCACGCCCGUUCAAAGUGACUGAGGAGCAAAGAUCAAAGGUCAAGGCUUCUAUCCAAGAUUUUUCGCAUCUACUUGAUCCUACUUUUUGCGUUCCAUCCAGACACUCUCUUACACGCUAUAUAACCUCUUUCUUUGGGGGCUUCCACUCUCACAUGCCUUUUAUCCAUGUACCUACGUGGCAAAUCACCGAACACUCACCUGAACUGAUUUUUGGCAUCGCCGCUAUCGGUGCACAGUAUUGCUUUGAGAGAAAGGCUUCAGAGAGGCUGUUCUUCGCCGGGAAAGCCUUGGUGCUGGAAAGGUUGCGAAGAAAUGCAGAGCUGGUCGACAUGUCGGCGAUACCCAGAAUCCAUACGGUAAACUCUGCCAAGCAAAGUGGUCGUGAUAGUAAUGCUCCAGAUAAAGAGUCGCAAGUCGAGACCAUAAGAGCUUUGGUUACCCUCAUGGGCUUUUCUACGUGGGAACCCAAAGCAGCCAUGGUGCAAGAAUCUUUUGUCUUGCAGGGUAUUCUCACUCAAGCUCUUCGCAAUGCAGGCCUUGAGGAUGUGGAUGAGCUGGUCUCGUCAACGCCAUCGAGUCACCCUCAUGAUACUAAUGCGCUGUGGCACGAUUGGCGAACUUGGGCCAAACAAGAAUCGUGUAGACGAUCUAAGCUCAUAUGUUUCUCUUUUCUCCAUACGCAUUCCAUUGCAUAUAAUGUGUAUCCGACACUCCGCAGUAACGAAGUUGGCCUUCGAUUACCUUGCUCAACAAAAGAAUGGAAAGCUCCAAAUGCGGCAUCAUGGCGUGCUGCGGCUAGCGAGGUUCAAGAGCCACAGCUAUUCUUUCGAGAAGCCCUAUCACUGUUGCUCAAUAAUAAAAGCGAGUCUGCGCCGUUGUUCCCAAUUCCAACACCUCUGGGAAACUAUGUUUUGCUUCAUGGACUACUCCAGAGGAUACACAUAGUUAGAGAUUUGAGCUUGCCAAUUACUAGCAGUUCAGCCUCCUUACCUAGCGAAGAGGUGGAGAAACUUGAACGUGGUCUGCGGUCGUGGACCUCAUGCUGGCAACAAGCCCCAGAGUCCACUCUCGAUCCUAACAACGAGAACGGGCCCAUCCCCUUUACUUCCAGCUCCCUUCUAGCGCUGGCCUAUGUGCGCAUAUACCUCCAUCUGGGUCCUUUUAGACAGCUUGAAAAACGGGAUCCACAGCUGAUCUCCGAAGCCAUCGCGAGCAGUCCGGAUAUAGAGCGGAGUGAUGGUAUCAUUGCAGCACUGCUAUAUGCCACUCAUAUGAUCGGCAUCCCUGUAAGACUGGGGGUCGAUCGUGUGGCUAGGAGUCAAGCAUUUUUCUGGAGCGUGAGGCACUCGCUGUCCGGCCUUGACUGUGCUGUACUGUUGAGCAAGUGGUUGUCCAAGUUGGCUGAAACAGUUUCUGAAAGCCCGCUGACUGAUAGCGAAGACAGAAUCUUGCAUUGGGUAAGAUGCAUUGUGGAAGAGGCCUACACUGUCGUUGACUUUGAGCAAAACCAUGAUCAAGAGAUUGCAAAUUUUCUUGACUUCACAGACCCCCGGAAUCUGUCUCUGGCUGUGCUAAAGAUAUGGGCGCAUUUCUUCAAGAGCAAUACGCAGUGGCUGUUUAUCAACAUCAUCGGAGUAGGUUUAGAAAAGUAUCGUGAAAUGCUUGUACAGAACAAGAUCUAA